ACGACAGCGCCGCACCGGCGGGGGCACCUGCUGCUCGCGCUCAUCACGCGGAGAGGUCCGGCUAUAAAGCGCUCCCGAUAAGAGCUCGCCCAGGCGUCCCCUCGGAAGAAGGAGCAGUGGCGGUGCACGCCGCUACAGCUUCUCGACGGUAAGCAAAGGCCCGGCCGGCCGGCUGGCUGGCUGGCCGGCGAGGGGAGCCGGCAAGAUGUUUUACUCGGGGCUGCUGACCGAGAGGAAGGACAUGGACGUGAGGGAAGCCGCAGCCCUCCGGCAGCAGAGGAGGAUGAAGCAGGCCGUUCAGUUUAACCACAAGGACUCCGCCGACCUGCUGCCCUUGGACGGGCUGAAAAAACUGGGAACUUCAAAAGACACCCAACCACACAACAUUCUGCAGAGACGCCUCAUGGAAACAAAUAUGUCAAGAUUGCGGCACAGCCGAGGGACAUGCUCUCAGAAGAAUGAUCUCUCAGUUCAGACAAAUAAACUGAAUCAAAUGAAACUGGAUAGUCCCUCCAAGACAGAGGAAGAGGACCUCAUUCUCAUAUGCUGCCAGUGUGCUGGGAAGGAAUUGCAAGUUGUGGUUGAUACUGGAUGCCAACGCAAUAUAAUUUCAUCUGCAUGUUUGGAGAGAUUAGGGCUAAAGGAGCAUAUGAAGUCCUACAAAGCGGAAGGUGAGAAGAUUUCAUUGCCACAUAAUAUGAAAGUGAUUGGUCAUCUGGAACAUCUGCCUCUUACAAUGGGGACUGUUCAUGUAGAUUGUUCUGCAGUUGUUGUGGCUGAAGGUAAUGAGAAAAGCUUCUCUCUGGGAUUACAAACACUGAAAUAUUUGAAGUGUGUGAUAAACUUGGAGAAACAAAAUCUGAUCCUGGGGAAGACAGACAAGGAAGAAAUUCCUUUUGUCAGUAAUGCUUCUAUUCAUGAAGAGAAGGCACAUCCUCAUGGCAGCCACCUGCGCUCCUGGUUCAGUGCUGUAGCACACAACUGGAAGCCUGGGAAGUGUCCCUGGAAAAGCACUUCUGAUGCAUGAAGAGAAUGUAGUGCUGGCUUUGGAGAAAGAGAAAUACUGUGUGGUUGAAUCAGAAGAUCUCAAUACCAGUAACAUCAACCUACUAGACUACAGCUAGACUUGUAGCUAAAUGAAACAACAGCUAUUUUUCAGGAGUUUAGAACAGCUUCAGACUUUCAUUUAUCAUCCUGAAAAUCUGGAUAAUGAUGUGUAAACGGACAUCUGAGUCCAGUCUUAAAAAUGGUGUUCUCAGUAUGGCCAUCCAAGUAUGAAAGUAUUUAUUUUUCCAGACUCUACUGAAACCUCAUUUUUGUUACAACUGGAUUUGUGAAAUAAACUGCCUACUGCAAAAUUGGGGAUGGGGUUGGGGAGAAGACAAUUUUGUAACUUUCUUUUUGGAACCAAUUGUGUUUAGCUGCAAUGAAUGACUUCUGGUGAUCAGCUUUACAGAACAUAUUUUUCAGUGGAUAACAAUGAAUUAUUGGACAUCACUGGAUGAGACAAAAGAGCCUAUUUGCACUGAAGAGCUUUCAUCUGAACAAUUCACACAGGUUGUGGAGGAUUUUUAAAAAAUUAUUAUUAUUAUUAUUAUUAUUAUUAUUAUUAUUAUUAUUAUUAUUAUUCAGAGGAUUAGAGUUUGCAUAAUGGUUGAUUGUAGUAAUACAACUUGAUCUAGAGUUCCCACUGAGUAGCAUUUUACUUAUGAAAUGGUUCUUUGGGGGGAAAUGAAAGGAGGCAUCAUUUUCAUUAAUUUGUCCCCUCUCUUCCAUGUUCCAAAGAAUUGGUAGGGAUUCCAGAGUUGUAUGUGAGGGGGAACAAGGAGAAUCUAUGAAAAUCACCUCCUUAAUUUCUUCCAGUAGCAGCUUCAUGCAUUUUUUCCCACAAAUGAAAAGUACCCUUCUAUUCUCAGAAGGAUUACUUUGAAUCAAGUCCUAUGUAUUUUUCAAAUGUAUGUAUUUCUCAGAAUUUUCAGAACUUUCCUUCCAUAUGAAAUAUUGAUGUUAAUAGGAAGAGGUUGGAAGCCAGAUUUUAUUUUUUAAAUCACAACACAGCCUUGAAGAGAAGUUCAGUAUCUGCUAGUUUCAAUGCUAAUAUUUACUGUAUGAUUAUCAUAUGCUAAUUUUGCUGCAUAACAAUAUGUUAUUAAAUUUGAGAACUCAGUCUCUUUUUUGCUUGUCUACUAGCAUUCCAGAUUUAAAUAUGAAUGCAUAAUUUUAAUGGCAAAGUACUUGAUCCUCUGUAUCCAUCAUGGUGUUCCACUUAUUGCUAGUAAUGUAUUUUUUUCCUGAUAUACUCGUACUUGCCAAAGAAUCUAAAAAUGUGGUAUUCUAAGACUGAUCCAGUCUUGUUGUUCAGAACUUGUUUGAGCAUAGAUUAUAGUAAGAUAAACAUGUGUGUAUGUAUUAAAUGUCACAGGAAAGAGUCUCUCUGGGACAUCAUAUUCAUUGUCUUUGUUUCUAGCCAUACUUUCUUUGGGCUUCUUACUAAUGCAUGACUGCUAGAUUCCCAAGAAUAUCAACAGUUACCAAACAGUUAUAACCAUAUCUCCUACCCUCUUCAUGACUUAAAAUUUCCAGGCAGGCUAUAAUCAUAUUUCCAACUAUAAUAUUCUAGACACUGUGAGAAGUUUGUUCUGCUGUAUGUUAUGUUGCACUCUGCCUGAAUUUUUUGACAUCAUCUUCUAGGCCAAUAACAUUGGACCAGAUCUUUGCCUUUGAACUCUUCCAGGCAGUGCUUCUUGUAAUUCCUUCUUUCCAUCUAUUAAUACUUAUGUACCUGGACAUUUUGCAAUGUGAUAUUUUUCUGGGUUAUGUUUUUGAAACAUCUGAUUAACUGUGAAUUAGCCUUAGAAUAAGCCUAUUGAGACUGUGCAGUCAAUUCACACAGGAUGUUUACUUUCCAUUCAUCUUACGAUUCCACUACAAAUGAGCUGGCGUGCAAGUUGGAGUAUGCUGCAGCAGUCAUAAAACUACAGCAGCAUGCAUAUAAAAAUGCAUAGAUCUACUUAAUCAUCUUUGCACUAUUAUGACAAGAUGCAGGAUGAUCCUAAGAGCUAUUCCUUGCUUGCACAGUCACUUAUACAAACAAAGGUGUCAAGCAAUAUGUACUGGACAGCUGUUUUAACAUACAUUCACUCUCUAAGAAUAUGAGGAGCUAUUCUGUAGAUAAUCUUCCAUAACUGUUGCUCUUCAAUCAAGUUAUUCCUACUGAGCUUCUGUCCUUAGUACAGCUCAAGCCAUUAUAUCAAGCUUGAGUUGCUAUGAUUACUAGCCUUGAAUUCCAUGGGCCAUAUAGUUAGCAUCAUAGAUAUGCUUCUAAUUACAAUAUAUUAAUUAAGUGCUUUGCUAGAAAGGAACUUCAGUAGAGUUGUGUGUGUGUGUCUCUGUGUGUGUCUGUGCCAAUAUCAAUAUAAUGGGAUGCAAAAAAAAAAUUAUACACAUUGCAUCCUUAUUAACUUAUCAAAUACAAAUUUGUGUUGAAUAUGCACUUACACUGUUAAGAACCAUUAUUAAAAUCAAUCAAAGUAUUGGAAGCUAUUUCCAAUGAAUGCACAGCCAACAUUUUCGGAGUUGUAUCAACUUCUGUUAAUUUUAUUUGUUCAGUCUAUAUUUGAAGAGAAUAUGCUACAGUAUAGCUAAAAUAUAUCUACUUCUAGACCGCUGUGUCCAUGUUUUAUUUAAUAAGUUAUAGUUUGGCUUUCUGCAGCUGGAUUGGCAACAUCCGUUUAGCAUUGACUAUGACAUUAUUGACAAAGUACAAGUGCUUGGAAAUAUUUUUUCUUUAUGUCUGUCAUUACUCUAGUUAAUAUUUAUAACAUUUAUAUAUAUAUUUAAAAAGAAGAAGAAAAUUCUGUGUUUGCAAGAUGAACUGCACUAUAUAUAUCCCUAGUUUAAAAGAAAUAUAUAUAUAUAUAUAUAUUUGUCUAGGUAACUAUGCCAUUGGUUUGAUGAAUUUAUUACUUGAGUG